GAACCUCAUCAGAUUUCUUUUGGCCCAGAUAUCAGACCAUUAGGGUUUUGCAUGGGGAGUGGUUGGACUGAAUGCCUCUGACUGUAUUGUAGGCCCGAGCCAAUUCACACAACACGCGCUCAGCCUCAGACUAGCCCCACAUCCCGGGAGCCAGUCCGUGUGUCCGGAGGCGGGAGUCAGAGGUUGUGUUUGUUCCCACUGCGCUGUAGAUCAUCACUAAGGAGAUCGAAGCCAACGAAUGGAAGAAAAAGUAUGAAGGGAGCCGACAAGAAGUCUUGGAAAUGAGGAAGAUCGUGGCUGAAUAUGAAAAGACCAUCGCCCAGAUGAUAGAAGAUGAGCAGAGGACAAGCAUGGCCUCCCAGAAGAGUCUCCAGCAGCUCACAGCGGAGAAGGAACAGGCCCUGGCAGACCUGAACUCCGUAGAAAGGUCCCUGUCGGAUCUGUUUAGGAGAUACGAGAACCUGAAGGGCGUUCUGGAAGGGUUCAAGAAGAACGAAGAAGCUUUGAAGAAAUGUGCUCAGGAUUACUUGGCCCGAGUCAGACAGGAAGAGCAGCGAUACCAAGCCCUGAAAAUCCACGCGGAAGAAAAAUUAGACAAGUAAGAAUCCCGGGUGAGGGCGCUGCAGA